UUAGUAAUGUUUUGAAAAAAUAAAAAAAUAAAAAAUAAGAAGAAAAUAGUUAAAAUUUAAAAAAAAAUAAAGUUAACUUCUUGCGGUAAUGGUUAAUUUAGCAAUGCCAUUUCUGUCACCAAAACGUUCGAGAAGCUGUCCGCCACGCCUCAGUUGCAGGGAGCUGCAAUGGGUGAAAAUGGGUUAUCAAUUGGGUCAUCCCGUAAUACCUCAACCACCUGAACCUAUGAUGGACUGUUGCUGGGAUGCCGAUAAUUUCGAAGGAUCCUUUCAACCCUAUCGAGAAUGGCAUCGUCCAACCCGGGAUAAGGAACACUUGUGGCCCCAACCAAGUGUGUGGUGUAACUGUCGUCCACCAAGAGAGAAAAAACUUUGUGAUAUCUGUUUGAAGGCUCAAGAAAGGUUCGAAAAUACAAGUGGAGAGGCUGGGGAUAAAAGGAAAGGACAUUUCAACAAUGCAGACAGGGAAUUAAGGAAAAGAAUUCAAAUUUCUUCCAAAGAAGAAAAUGAAGAUGAGGAGGAUAUAUUUCAGGAUAUUGAUGAUGAGGAAAAUCUUAAUUCGAAUAAUCCUCAGAAUGGAGGUGCAUCUGAUAUUAAUGGCGCCAAGAAAUCCCAGAAAGAAAUUUUGAUAAUUUAUCCCAAGGACUCGUUUUAUGAAUCUGUGGAACGGACCAAUCAAUGUGGUUCUAACAUCAUUAAAAUCCACACUUUUGUUAAUUAUGAGCCAUCGUCCUGGGGAGAGCUCAAGCUCAACAAGGAAAGUCCUUUGAUGAACCCAUGUCCGUGCUCUUCAAAUUUCUCUAGGGAGGAGCUGGAGAAUCAAAGAGAGGAUCUCAUUUCGGUUGUUUCCUAUGAUGGAAAGGCUAAAUUCUGUCUAGAGCCAGGAAGGCGUAGUGCAAUAAACAUAUCAAGCCAAGGAUCCUUUGCGACCGCUACGACAAAAUGUGAGGAUGAACAUUUUAUUUACGGUUCUGACCCUACGCAUCAAAAUCAGCCUUGUCCGGUACAAAAAUGCCCUAUUGAUUCAUGUGGUCUGGAGUCCUCACAGUUUCCUUCGAGACUCUUAUGUGACUGUCAGGCUCCCCUCUCGAAUUGUUGCCACAAAGAAACCCAGACCAUUUGGAAAAUUCUUGAUCCCCAAUUUCGCCGAACCUGUUAUUGUUGUAACAACAAAGGAGAGGAAAGAUCUACAACUCAAAAUCGUAUUAGACCCGAAACCACCACUCCUCCUCAAGUUCUUCCAAAAAUGUCGAAUCAAUCUAAAAUAUCAAAACUUGACAGUUAUUGUCGGGAGAGGGAGAUUUGGGAAAAUCCCUUCAAGGAGGGUGUAGCUUCAAGGGAUCAUGGGGAUAAAUCUCAAACCCAAAUACAAAAUCAUAACAAAUUUCAGAAUCUCUCCAAGGUGCCAAAUUUUGAUGUACAGAAAUCAAGAAUCCCCAACGAGAAUUUCAAACUUCUUUCAGCCAACAGUCUUCAAAUGCCUCAAAGUGACACCCCGAAAUCGCGGGAUUUUCUCAAGCUCUAUCGGUCCUAUCAAAAUCCAAGUUGUCCCCCCAGUGUUAAUUUUCAAUUUUCCAUGAAACCUCGCCUAAUAUCCAACACAAAAAACCAUUUAACUCCAUCAUCGCCAUCAAAAGUAGUAGAACAAUGCACCAAAAAUCUGGAUUUUUCUGAAUGCAAUCACAUCCCCCGAAAAUCCUCCCAUGUCACUCGAAGAUCUCAAAAGUAUGAAACACCCUAUACUACCAAUGACCCCAACUUUGAUGAUAAUAAUAGAGAAAUUUCUUUUCGUUCAAAACAAGAUUCAAAAAACCUCAUCAACAGCACAGGCAUUGCUCAUGUCGACCACACCUCCAGUAAAGAUUCCCAGAAGUCCUUUCUCGACUGUCUCAAAUCCCAACCUCUUUUAACAAAAAUCCGAAGCUUCUUACAAGACUCUUUGGAAAAGUUCAUUUGCUGCUGUUCACAAGCCUUUAAUAUUCACAACAACUAUUUAAAGGCCUGUGAUGAAGAAGUUCGAAGUGAUGUCAUUCCGAAAUCCUUACACCUGCAAGGAACCACAAUCAAUUCCACAAGUACCGAUGAUGAUCCCCGGUCACGCUCAACAUCUACUGUGGGCAAUUCUAGGUAUUUGGAAGAUUUUUGUUCAAGUGAGAAAUUUAUGACAUGUUGUAAAUUCCGAAAUGACUCCACCUCCACGGUGCGCCAAAAGUCUUCAACGAAAUCAAGACUAAAUCAGUCUUCAAGUCCAGUGAUCUGUUGCCAAUGCUGUUGCAAGAAAUCGGAAAAUAUCAGAUCAAGGCAUAAUAGCACAAAUAUAUGUCGUCAGUCCAAUGAAACUAAUUCUAACGAGAAUCAAAUCAAACAAAAAUCGGAAGAGGAUUUUCCGGGUUCUAAUAUGGCACGGAAUUCGCAGGAUGCUACCAAUAUCACAUCAAAUUUCAAGGAACUUAAAUGUUUACUGGAACCAAAUGAAAAAUCGUAUGCUCAUGAAAAUGUCAGGAUCGACAAGAAUUAUCCUUGUGCCAACGAAACCAAAUUCCAACCGCAACCAAACGAAGGCUUUGCCAGCAAAUGUAUUCCGAUUAUGGUGGGAAUCGGUCAUUCUGCAGUUCUCCUGAAUGUUAUGACUUCACUGGUGGCAAUGAUGUGGUGAAUGCUACAAAUGUGCCCUGUGCGCAUGGUCAGUGUGCCACAACAUGUGAUGCCUGCAAUGAGGCGGUUCAUGAAGCUCCAUCUUUCAUUAAAUUCUCCAAUAUGCCAUUACCCAUGGCU